AUGGAUCUUCAACGAUCGAUCGGCUUCGAUGUGGGAAGGGGAUUUGUAAGGGGAGGCGGGGAAGACGGAGGCAAGGUGGAGAGCAAAAAGAGAUGGUGCGAUUUGCAACAACAGCAACAGCAACAGCAACAACAACAACAACAACAACCUCAGGAGGAAGAAGAGGGGCCUGGGGAGAAGGAGGUCAAAAGAGCCACCGAAACAAGCAAAUCUCGAUCAUACCCAUUUAUCAGGGGGUGGAAAAGUGCAAGACUAAGAAAGUGA